GGAGUGGGGUGGAGUGGAGUGGAGGCCGUGGAAUCACAGCCGAGGGGUGUGCCAAAUCUGGCCAACUGGUCGGGUGGUGGACCGGCGACGUGUCUCCGAGGCGUCUGCUUCGUCUUCCGGUCAAUUAGCACAGGCCUCCUCCACGCGGACGAGUUGACUUUUCCUUUCGCGUCCAAGCAACUCGUCAAGUGGCAGCAGCGGAAACCGAGAGCCGAUUGUCUCGCGCUGCAGACUGAGGCAUUGCGGCAAAAAGGGACAAGCAAUCAACUGUACUUGCACAUGGAAAAUGCACAAUGCAAGAUGAUGUGUGGCUUUUUUGUUGGGUAG